AAUGGCGGCAAAGAUGAUGGGAAGUAGUUUUUGGCUUUCCUAGAAUUUUCCCCUUAUUUCUAUAAAAAAACAGUCCAUUUUUUAAGUGAUUCAAGUAGUAUUUCCAAUUUUACGCAAACAAGGAGGAUCAUAGAUAUCUAAAAUGUCUGGAAAUACUGCAAAAUGGUCUCGAAAAAGAAGUUCGAACGAGGAGGAUUAUGACAACUCGUCCAUCAAAGAAGAUGAAAAACUACCAAAAGCAGGUGAUUGGAAAGUCAAGACCCUUGACGAAAUUCGUCAGGAAAAACGCCGAAAACUAGACAACGAAUAUUUCGAGGUAGAAACAGAGGGUUCUCGUCUGAGCGGCAAAAGUUCUUCUACGUCAAGUCCAUCGUUAAAGAUCGAGUCCAGAUCGUCUUCAAAACGUCCUUCGCCAUUGACCCCACAGGAGAUUAUAUAUCAGCUCAGUCCUGAUCACAGCAGCCCAUUAUCUACUGAAAGUGAUGGAAGUAGCAAAAAAAGACCAAUGCAACAGAAAGGCAGAAGAAAAACAGCUGAAGAAGAAGAAGGUGAAAUUCUAAGUGAUAUUUCAGAUGUUGAAAGUGGUACCAGCAAACAGAGAAGUAGAGGUAAUAGCCGACGAACAAGCGUAGAUGUUGAGAUGGUAGAAAAACCCACUGCUGAAGAAGAGGAAGAAGAAGAAAGUGAAGAAGAAUCUUCUGAUGAAGACAGUGAAAGUAGUGAAGAAGAAGUAGAAGAAGAAACCAAAGUUGAAAAAGACAUUUCUGGAUCAACACAAGAUAAACAGGAGGAAACUGAAAGCAGUGAAGAAGAAGAAAGCAGUGAUACAGACAGUGAUGACAGUGAAGAAAGCUCAGAGGACGAGGAAGAGGAGGAUGAGAAAAACAAUCAGACAUCUGAAAAUAAAAAGGAAGAAACAAAAGUAGAAAAUCAAGAGGAUAGCGACGAUGAUAGUGAAAAAGACAGUAGCGAGAGUGAUGACUCAGAUGACAGUGAUUCUAGUGAGGAGGAAGAAGAAGAAUCCCCAGCAAAAGAUGUCAAACAAAAGCAGAAUAUAAAAACAAAUAAAGAUGAAAAUGGUGAAGAUGUGAAUAUGAAAUCAUCAAGAACUACAGAUUCCAGAAAAGAACAGGAAAAAGACAGAAAACAAAGAGAUGGUUUAGAACAACAGUCAAAAUCAAGAGACAAAUAUGAUCGUCAUACAGAAGAACCUUCAAAAAGCAGUAGUCGAAGAAGAAAGAAUUAUGAUGAAGUCCAGGGACAAAGGCAUAGCAGAGAGAAGCCAAAAUAUUCAAAGGACAGUAGUGAUGAUCUGUUAUCUAAAGAGAAUAAAAGUAGAGAGAAGUCUGAAGAGCAGAGCAAAGGUGAGAAAGUAUCUUCAAAAAGAGAGAAGAAUAGUCGACCAAUAAAAGAUAGAAAUGAAAUGAUCGAAUCAAAUAGAAGUAAAGGGGAGGACAGAGAUUCUUAUAAACGCAAAAGGAGGGAAGGGAAAAGCAGUAGUUCAAAAGAUGAAAAUCGUUCCAGCAAGAGAGAUUCUGGAUCAAAAACAUCGAAUGCUUCUGAGUCAAGGUUAAGGGAAGCCUCAUCUGAAAGAAAAACUCCUAGAGAACAAACUGUCUCCAAAAUAUUAAUGGAUCAGGAAAGAUUACAAUUUUCAACAGAAGUUGUUGAUUCAGAGAGCGACAACCCAAGUAGUGAUGAAGAUUCGUCAGAUUCUGAAAGAGAGAAAUCUGAACUAAAUGAAUCACAGGAGAAUGAAAAAGAAGAUGAAAGACCACGCAAACUACCAGAUUAUUUACCUGGUAUACAGGGCUGUAGAAAUGUUAGCGAAGAGUUUGUAUGGCUGAACAGAAUAGAGGAAGGCACUUAUGGAGUGGUAUAUCGUGCUCGAGACAAGCGAACUAAUGAAAUUGUUGCACUGAAAAGAUUAAAGAUGGAGAAGGAGAAGGAAGGGUUUCCUAUUACAUCACUACGAGAAAUUAACACAUUGCUGAAAGGCCAACACCCAAACAUUGUCACUGUCAGGGAAAUAGUCGUGGGUAACAAUAUGGAUAGAAUAUACAUAGUAAUGGAUUAUGUUGAACACGACCUGAAAACCUUGAUGGAGCACAUGAGUAGCAAGUUCUCUGUAGGUGAAGUGAAGUCACUUCUCGUUCAGCUCCUUCGAGCAGUGGCUCAUCUCCAUGACAACUGGAUCCUACACCGCGACCUUAAAUCUUCAAACCUACUUUUAAGCAAUGAAGGCAUACUCAAGGUUGGAGAUUUUGGAUUGGCAAGGGAGUAUGGAUCACCAUUAAGACAUUAUACUCCUAUUGUGGUCACCCUGUGGUACAGAGCCCCAGAACUAUUACUUGGAAUCAAGGAAUAUUCCUGCCCCAUUGAUCUCUGGUCUUGUGGUUGCAUAUUUGCCGAGCUAUUAACAAUGAAACCACUCUUCCCUGGAAAGUCAGAAAUUGAUCAAAUCAACCGAAUAUUUAAGGAACUUGGAACUCCCAGUGAUUCAAUAUGGCCGGGUCCACCUAAAUAUUCUGAGUUGCCUCACGUCAAAAAGAUGACCUUCACAGAGUAUCCAUACAAUCAACUGAGAAAUAACUUUGGAACAUAUCUUACAGACAAAGGUUUUGAUCUGCUAAAUAGGUUUUUGACUUAUGAUCCAAGCAGAAGGAUCACAGCAGAGGAAGCAUUAAAGCAUGAAUACUUUAACGAAUCACCCCUUCCGGUUGAUCCAGACAUGUUCCCCACUUGGCCUGCUAAAAGUGAAAUGAUGCAGAGACCAAGGCGUAAAGACUACCAACACAGCCCUAAGCCACCAGAAGGUGGCGAGAUGUUCUCCAAACUUAAAGAUGGCAGCGAUAGUAGCAGUGCUACUGCUGCUGGUGGAGGACUUCAAGGUUUUCAUAUGCCAUCAUCCAAGAAAGGAUCUGCUGCUGUCGCUGGGUUUGCUUUGAAGUUCUAACAACCAGACAGUAUUCAUUACUGACAUGUGGCUGGACAAGUGCCAAUCUUGGCUGGACAUUCUCUAUUGGCCAGCCAUUAGGUUGAGCCCUGCAGUAGUAAGGCUAGCAGCUAUUGAUGACCUUCAUUCCAGAAAGGUUCAACUGAUGUUUGCUUCAGUUUGAAUUUCUAACUAAACAUUAUCCUAGUGGGCCCAGUUGUAUGAAGGGUAGAUAGCACUGUCCGACGAAUAAAUCUUAUCCAAUGGAUAAAUUUAUUGCAUAACAGAAUCGACUUAUCAACUGGAUAAGGAUUUAUCCGUCUGAUAGCUCUAUCCACCCUUCGUAUGACCUGACCCUGUCCUCAAAAUGUAAAUAUUUGUACUAGUCAUUGAAUAACAUAGAUGUGUAGCCUUCUUAAAUUAAAGAAUUGUGAUGAAAUAA